AUGGCUUUGAGAUGGCAAGUGAGGCUUUCUUUUGUUGCCUUACUCUUCAUGUGCUCGAAAGAUACUUCGAGUGUGAGGGACCGUGCAAUAGACAAUAUCUCACAGAGACACUCGAGCCAAGUUAGACCCCGACAGCAGUUGCUCGAUCACUCUAAGGGUUUGAAGACGAAACUUGAACCGUCAUUCGAUUAUUCUCAACCUGCCAAUGUGACGGCCCUGGUAGGCAAAACGGCCUACCUCACGUGUCGUGUUCAAAAUCUCGGGGAUAAAACGGUGUCCUGGAUCCGGGCCAGAGAUAUACAUAUUCUAACUGCUGGAGGGUAUACCUAUACAAGCGACCAACGAUUCCAAGCUUUGCACAGGAAAAACUCUGGACAAAACAAUGAGUGGUCAGAAUGGACUUUAUGUAUCAAAUGGGCUCAAGAACGAGAUCAAGGGAUCUACGAAUGCCAAAUUUCGACCAUACCUCUGAUGUCUUAUCCGUUUCGGCUCAAUGUUGUGGUACCUACAUCAUCGAUAUUGGGAGGACCAGAGUUAUAUGUUGGUGCAGGAAGCACGAUAAACCUAACGUGUGCAAUCCACUUCAGCUGGGAACCCCCGGCGUACAUCUUCUGGUACUAUAACGACAAUGUACUUAGUUAUGACAGUCCCAGGGGUGGUGUAUCGGUGAUAACCGAAAAGGGAAGUGACGUUACAACUUCAUGGCUGCUCAUUCAAGCAGCACAGCCAUCAGAUUCCGGGGAGUACAGUUGCAAGCCAAGCAACGCGAACACUGCCAGCAUAAGGGUUCACGUUCUCAAUGGCGAACGACCUGAAGCGAUGCAGACUGGAACGGCUGGACCGAUUCUUUCAUCGAGCUGUCUUUUGGUGUCACUAAUCAUUAUGUACAUAUCUUCAUUUUAA